CGUGGGCGGGAAGAUGGCGGCUCUCACAGCGCGCUGAGAGCGUGUCGGCUGGUGAGGCCGUGGAGACGGCGGCGAAGGUGGAAGCGGGCGGACUUACCUUUUCUGGUGUUUCAAGAGCUCACGGUGGGGAGGAGUACGGUCUCGAAGCGUCGAGUUUCUGGGGCAGUCCUCGCAGGAGCUCUGGAGAGGCGGUCGUCGGUGGGGCAUCCUGCGAAAAUCCCUGAGAGAUCCCGUGUUGGAGCCACUCCUUCUUUCGGGGAAGUCUACUUACUGCAGAUAUUUUUGCAUAUUUCUUUAGAGCGGUCUGUAGUAGGGGGGUCGAAUUUCGAGUAUCCAGGUCGUCUCUUCCUCGAUCUCUAACUCAUUUGGGGUUCUUGUGCUCUCUAAUCCCCGGAUUUAGCUGGGGCAGGGCUAUCUAGGCAUACCCACCGUUGAAGGAGGCAGGCGCCAUGGUGACAGAGCAGGAGGUGGAGGCGAUCGGGCGGACACUGGUGGACCCACAGCAGCCCCUGCAGGCCCGCUUCCGUGCACUCUUCACCUUACGUGGGCUGGGUGGCGCGAGUGCCAUCGCCUGGAUCAGCCGGGCCUUCUCUGAUGACUCUGCCCUGCUCAAACACGAGCUGGCCUACUGCCUGGGCCAGAUGCAGGACGCCCAGGCUAUCCCAGUGCUGGUGGAUGUGCUGCGUGACACCCACCAGGAGCCCAUGGUGCGCCACGAGGCAGGGGAGGCCCUGGGCGCUAUUGGGAACCCGGAAGUCCUGGAGGUCCUGAAGCAGUACUCCUCUGACCCUGUCAUCGAGGUGGCUGAGACGUGCCAGCUGGCUGUUCGGCGGCUGGAGUGGCUGCAGCAGCGUGGCGGGAAGCCAGUGCUGGCCGGACCCUACCUCUCAGUGGACCCGGCGCCGCCAGCUGAGGAGCGAGACGUGGGGCAGCUGCGAGAGGUGCUGCUGGAUGAGACCCGGCCGCUGUUUGACCGAUACCGGGCCAUGUUUGCCCUGCGUGACGCCGGUGGCGAGGAGGCCGCCCUGGCACUGGCUGAGGGCCUACACUGUGGCAGCGCCCUCUUCCGCCAUGAGAUUGGCUAUGUCCUGGGUCAACUGCAGCAUGAAGCGGCCGUGCCCCAGCUGACGGCGGCCCUGGCCCGGCCAGCCGAGAGUCCCAUGGUGCGGCACGAGUGUGCAGAGGCCCUGGGAGCCAUCGCCCGGCCUGCCUGCCUGGCUGCCCUGCGGGCCCACAUGGCCGACCCCGAACGUGUGGUGCGAGAGAGCUGCGAGGUGGCCUUGGACAUGUACGAGUACGAGAAUGGGCAGGCCUUCCAGUACGCCGAUGGGCUGGAGCAGGUGCGGCUGCCCUGCUCCUAGGGCCGCCGCCUGCUCUGCCCGGGACCCUGGCCCUCUCGGGACACAUAAACUGAGUUUGUAUGAGCUGGAUCUUGCUAGUAUCCACUUGGUGAGCACCACGCCUGCUUCAGUAGCUUGGCUCCCCCAGUAUAUUACAAGUUUCUCAGGGCUGGGCUGAGGGCUGUGUUCCCCAGCCCGCCAGGGGUCUAGUAUGGGGCUGCAGUGCCCAGCUUUCUGGGUAUAUGGAUGGGUUGUCGGCUUGGGAGGGAGGAUUAUAUGGGCAGGGCGGGACCUGGGAGGUUGGGGUUAUCGUGGCCCAGAGUCUCUGGAAUGCCGGGUCACAAGGAAAGGCGCUGUGGGGGAACCCUCCACCCCAUUGGGCCUGGGCGGGAUAUGGGUACUGGGAGGCGUCUCUGGGUGGUUGUACUAGGGUCUCGGGGCUGGGGAGGGACGAGCAGGCCUCAGGGCACUCCCCAAGUAGAAUAUUAAAUUAUUUUUGCCCCCAAUGACUCAGUAUGUUGGGCCGGGGCUCGGGAGGGUGUGCUGCUCUAUGGAGCAUCUCCUGAGUAUGUGAGUGGUGCCAUUUGGAGACCUCAGCUCUGGAAUCUUCACCACAGAGGCAAACCUGUGCCUUCUUUCAACAGUUUCCCAGGGGAAAAUCAGCCCAGUCAGCCCCAUCCGGGGGGGUUAGGGGAACAACCCUUCAUCCUGGCUCUGCCCAAACCCUCCUCCUCACCCAGCCCCUUUUGGGGGUAUAGAGGGAGGGAUUUAGUGGUAUGGUUAGGAGCCUGGGCUGUGGGUUCUCAUCCCAUGCACCCCACUCCCCCUUCCUCUGUGUGCAACCUCAGGCAGCCCGUGUCAAUGAGAAUAACCAGAGACCCGCACGUCCGCAGCCACUCACCCGCACUCCCAAAGGCCUUAACGCCAAAAGAUUGGCGCAGAGCUCGCCAGGAACUGAAUGUGCCUCUUUUGCUGUUGAGCAGCGGUUGUCACCUGGGCCGUUUCUGCCUCUGGUUGUCACAGCUGGGAGAGUCGAGCCGCUGCGUAUCUGAAAGGAGGCGGCCAGUGCCCAGCCCCCGUCGACAAAGGACGGUCCUUCUCCAUGAGUGCGGGAGGCCGUGGAUUGCAGGACGUGGCCCCCAGACUUUUCGGGAAGGGUUGGUGAUAACGUCCACUGGACUGUUCUUUAUUUCCUGUGCACUCUCCUGGCUUCUCCGGGGCACCAGCCAGCGGGAGUGGCCUAUACCGCUGGUAACGGAAGAUCCAGGAGCCACUGAGUGUUCGGCUGAGUUCUCUUCCUCGAGGCAACUGACGUUUCCCAUAUGCCAGCUGCACCCGCGACCUGCCUGGUCGCCGGCAGCGUGGAGGGGAAUGUCCAGCAACCCACAGAGAGUGUCUCCAGAGCCACCAAUGGACCGAUGUUGGGAGCUACUGAGAUUCAGGCAUAUUCGUUAGCGCGGCAUCUUCUAAGCUCUCCUGACUGGUUCGCACAGUGUUACCUUCCCAAAACGCAAGGAGGGCGUCACUCCAAGAUGUGUGGAACCUCGAGGAAAGGCCGGGGGAGCUUGCGCUAAACUGCAUCCUCAAGCCCAUGUCCUGGGGCUCAUGUACCUCUUGUGGCCCGUCUCCCGCUUGGGGCGAUACAUCACGUCUCGAAACCUUUGGCUCCCCUCAGCCUCUCAGCUGCUGGCCCUUCUGUGUCAGUGAGGAAAUGAAACAGUUAGACACACACAGGUUCCCACGGCCUGCUCAGCCACCAGCCACCCCGCGCAGCUGAGUGCUGGGUCCUCCUAGCCCAGGCCCUUGAGAAGUUGCCUAGAGCUGGUAACACAUUGCUAGGAACUCCGCAGGGUAGGGAAGUAUAGCAAGUUGAGUUGUAUUACCCCAAAAGAUAAUCCAAUUCCUAACCCUUGGUCCCUGUGAAAGCAUCUCUGCAGGUGAUCAAAGGGCCUCUAGAUGAGACUAGACUUAGAGUUAGCCCUAAAUCAAUCACCAGUCCUUAGAGACCGUUCUGAGGACCAGGCAUCUGGGAACAGCCUACCUGGUAGGUCCUGGUGAAGUCAGAGUUCAUGGCCUGACUGGGGCUGGAGGAGCCCUUCCAUAAUGGCCCCCUCUUGUGGCUGGGGGUGGGAGGCCUUGGUUUCCACCCUCAGCUUGGCAGCAGCUUCCCAGACUGAACAAUAGAGUGUCCAAUCUCACGCAUGACAUCGACGUGCCUGCUGCUUUCUGUGGGUCGCACAGGGACCCUAAUCCAAGGUGGAGGGGAUUCCGUGAGGGCAUGGGUACCAGGUGGUAGGGGUCCCUUGGUGCUAUGACUGGCUGUUUCUACCAGGAUGAUCUCUUCUCACACUUCUGAUACCAAAUGUGUGGGUUUGCUGCGCUGAGCAAAUCUGCAUUUCUCUGCAGAUGCCAGAUGUGUGACCUGCAGUUCAGUUCUGGCAUCGUGCAGGCAGCACAGACCCUGUAGGUACAGGGCCCAGCCUCGCAGAACUGACCCUCCACUUUAGACACUUUCAGGAAAGUCCUGGGUCUUUGGCACUUCCAACCCUCCUCCCCCUUUUGAGGAUUUGCUAGAAUGUCUCACAGAACUUGGGAAAGCUCUUGACUGUCACUGAUUUACUCGCAAUAUCAACAAAUGAACAGCCAGAGGAAGAGGCCCGUGGGGAGCAGUCUGGAAUGAUCCUAAAAUCAGGAGCUUCUGGCCCUUUGGAUUUGGGGUACACCAACUCUUGGCAUGUGCAUGCUUUUAGCAGCUUCAAAGUUCUUCAGUCCCACUUAGAGUUACAAAGACUCCAUCGCAGGCACUGGAUGAAACCCUAGGUCACUGGUAACCUCAGUCCCCAGGCCCUCCUCAUGGGUAGCUGGGGGGCAGGGCUGGAAGUUCCAUCCCUCUAAUCCCAUGAUUGGCUCCUCCCUCUGGUCAUGCUGAAGGUCCCCCAGAGCCCACAAACCCCACUCUUCUUUAGAUAAGCCCAGGCUUAUGUGGAAGGAUCUUGGGAAUGUCAAAAGGUGACUCUCUUCCACCACUCAGGGAACUGCAAGUGUUUCAGGAGCUCAGUGCCAGAAGCCAGGAUGACAACCACAUUGCACAUUUCUCACGUCACAGCGUCCUAGGGCCCCUCCCGGGUGGGUGCUCGCUGCAGAGCUGCCAUCCACUCUGGGGUUUUGGUGCUGUUCCCUGGGCCUCAGUCCCGAAACAACUCCUGCCCAUCGACCCAACCACCCCCUUCUCCCCCGGCUCUCCUUUUUACCCAUCAGCACAGGCAGGCUGCAGUUUCUUAAAAGGGAAAACCCACAAUCCCUUGACUGUUCUUUACAACAAAAGCCCUACGCAGACUUGUCAAACCCUCACCAGAUCCCAAGUGCUCCCUGAUCUCUUCAACCUAAGCCAACCGGACUCUGUCCCUCCUAUCCCCAGAGCUGUCCUUGCCAAGGGAGCUUCCCAGUGUCCAGAUGCAAUGGUCGAAUCUCAUUCUGUCCUUCCCUCUCAGCGGGUCUGACCCUCUGCACCCUCUCCUGGCAACUCCUCAGGGAUCUCAGAGUUACUUGGCUUCUAUCCCACCACUCUGGGCCCCUCUGUCUCCCUUCCCUUCAGUGCCCCGGGCUGGGUAAUUGGGCCGCUUUCCCUUCCUUCCUCACCCACACCCCUCCAGGACAACUUCACUCUAGGGGUUUUAAACCCAUCUAUGCCCCAUGAUGCCACAGUCCUG